AUGGCACCCGACCGAAUGGAGUUACAAGGGAUGGCCAUGAAAGAAAAUGAGUCAUUCAAAGAAUAUGUCCAGCGGUGGAGAGAGUUGGCUGCUCAGAUAGAGCCACCAUUGUCUGAAAAAGAAAUGACCAGAAUAUUUGUGGACACCUUGAAGGACCCAUUCUUCGAUAGAUUGGUGAGUAGUGCAGCGUCCGACUUUGCACAUCUAGUCACAAUUGGAGAUCGCAUAGAGAAAGGGUUAAGGGAUGGAAAGAUUCCAGGAGUUGUGGCAGCCCCUAGCGCACCGAAGAAGUAUUCUGGAGGCUUCCCGAAGAAAAGAGAAGGUGAAACAAACGCUAUAUCCAGAAGCUAUAAGAGGAAGCAACAGGCUUCAUAUGGCCAAAUCGCCGCUGUGGUACCCAUACCGUAUCAGCAACCAAUGCAGCAACAACAGGUGUAUCAACCACAACAUCAGCAACAUCAUCAUCAGCAAAACACCGUGCCACCAAGGCAAUUCAAGCCAAGACCUCCAAGAAGGCAACUUGAUCCUCUACCAGUACCUUAUAGCCAAAUAUUCCCAUAUCUGCAAAAGGAGGACCUUCUAACAUUGAGGGAGUUAAAACCAACUGUUUUUCCAUAUCCACACGGAUACGAUGCUAACGCCCAUUCAAAGGCCGUCUCAUUCACUCCGAGACGCCCAAACGUGAACACCAAUCUUAUGCCAACGCAUAAGGAUGCUUCCGUCAGUGCCAUUGAGGAGAGUGAUCAAGGCAAAUUUAUCCGUAAGGUUGAAGAGAUUCAAACCCCUAUCACCAGGAUAGGAGCACCGUUGCUGAAGAAUGGUCUAAUCCUGGAGGAGCUAGUUGCUGAAGAGAAUAAUAAAAAGUUGAGGAAUUUUAUACAACAAAUGCUAGAUCGAGGCGAGUUACAGAUAAAUUGUCGUGUCAAGAGCAAGCGCCAGGAAGAGAUAGCCGUGGUGGACAUCCCUUAUGAUGAGGUUAAAGUGGAAAUACCUAUAAGCCCAUUGGUGAUAGAGUUUCCAGCACCGCUCGCAUAUGAAGAUGAAAAGGCAGUCCCAUGGAUAUAUCAGCCCAGAGCUUUUAAGCAGGGGUAG